AUGUCGUCGGAAGCUCAUUCAUCAGGCGUGUUAAUAAAAGACCUCGCGGCUCCCUCCAACGCAAACCAAUUCACCAUCUAUGGCGAAAGCAGAUUCGUACAUUUCCUCGGCGCACAAUGGUGGCGCCGCAAACUUGCCAACCAAUGUCGCGUCGUCGCUGUGUCGCCGGGCCUUGUUCCAGGUACAGGACUGAGUCGGCAUAGCAAAGAGUCACUGCCGACAAACCAUCCGGACGCCAAGUCUAUCCCCGAGGGAGCGGCGAGUCUGAAUGCCGCGCUGUUUAGGGACGAUUUCCCCGAGGACCCGGAGCAGAUAUUCUUAACAAGUUGGGGUGAGUGGUGGGACAAUUACGUUUAUACGAAAGCGCUGGAUAGGGAGCUGCAGGAUAAGUGGUCUUGGAGCAAGGAGGAUGUUGAGAAGUAG